AUGGGAGGAAACAACUCCAAGCCCAAGGCUCCGCCGCGAUCGGUCAUAGUCAUCUUCGGCCCGCCCGGCGCGGGCAAAGGCACGCAAGCACCGAAGAUAACGGAGACGCUGAACAUUCCGCAGUUGGCCACGGGCGAUAUGCUCCGCGCCGCCGUCGCGGCGGGCACCGAGGUCGGGAAGAAAGCGAAGGCGGCGAUGGACAGCGGCGGAUUGGUGACUGACGACAUCGUCGUCGGUAUCAUUCGCGAUCGCAUCGCGGAGAAGGAUUGCGCGCGAGGAUUCAUCUUGGAUGGUUUCCCGCGCACGGUCGAGCAGGCGAAAAAGCUGGACGAAAUGCUGAAAAAGCGAGGAGAAAAGGUUGACGUUGUCGUCUCCUUGGAGAUCGACGACGCAUUGCUCGAGGAACGUAUCUGCGGACGAUGGGUGCACAAGGCGAGCGGGCGAUCGUAUCACGUGAAGUUUAACCCACCUAAGAGCCUUUUGAAAAAGAAAGGCAAGAAGGCGAAGCCAAAGCGCAUGGUCGACGACGUAACCGGUGAGCCGCUCGAGCAGCGCAGCGACGACACCAAGGAGGCACUUGUCGCGCGUCUGGAAGCGUACCACAAGCAGACCAAGCCGAUCUUGGCGCACUAUCAGUCCAUCGUCGCCGCGGUCGACGCGUCGCGCGAGAUGGACGCCGUUUGGGCAGACAUCAAAUCUGCUCUUCCCGUUCAAAGUACGUAA